AUGGGAGAAAAUCUUCAUGGUUUGAGUGUCAACGACCUACAAAAUUUAGAACAUCAACUUGAAAUGAGUUUGCAUCGUGUGCGAGCGAAAAAGGAACAAAUAUUGAUUAAUGACAUACAAGAGCUGAAGCAAAAGGGAAGCCUUGUUCAACAAGAAAAUGUAGAACUAUCUCAGAACGUAAAACUCCUCUGUCGUGAAAAUUUCGAAUUGUACAAGAAGGUAUAUGGCAGGAGCGAGACAGCGAAUGUUAAUAUUAGCGUCGGCGAGAGCUCAGAUACUCCCAUUCAUCUGCAGCUCAGCCCCCAAGCAGCGAAAUCUUUGCACGCCAGCAAGAGCAACAAACUCGGGAUAAAAAUUUUGGACAAAUAA